GACAGGGAAAUCAGCACUUUCCCGUUUCCUUUUUUUUCUGUUGCAACAAGGGUGCAAUUCAAACCCCGUCUCGACCCACAAACCGACUACACCGUUCGACUCUCCACUCACAGGAAACACCGUCGCUAUGAGUAACGACAGCGCCGAAGUAGAGACCGCUGGGGCCGAGGUUAAGAAGACUUUCGAGGACUUGGGUCUGCUUCCCCAGCUUGUAGAAGCAUGUAAGAAGCUCAACUUCACACACCCGUCCGAUAUUCAAGUUGCUUCUAUUCCCCAUGCCCUGGAAGGAAGGGAUAUCAUCGGACUAGCACAAACAGGUUCCGGAAAGACAGCCGCCUUCGCCCUACCUAUCCUACAACGCUUGUUCGCUGCUCCCCAACCGCUCUUCGCAUGCGUCAUGGCACCCACCCGUGAAUUAGCCUUCCAAAUAUCAGAGCAGUUCGAAGCCCUCGGAUCGACCAUCGGCGUACGCUGUGCCGUCAUCGUCGGAGGAAUGGACAUGAUGUCGCAAGCCAUUGCGCUCUCGAAAAAACCACAUAUCGUCAUUUGCACGCCUGGACGUCUCAUUGACCACUUGGAGAACACGAAAGGGUUCAACAUGAAGCAGCUGAAGUAUCUGGUCAUGGAUGAAGCUGAUCGUUUGCUGGAUUUGGAUUUCGGCGCGGAGAUUGAGAAACUGUUGAAAGUUAUUCCGAGGGAGCGGAACACUUUCUUGUUUUCGGCGACUAUGACCAGUAAGGUGGAGAAGCUGCAGAGGGCCUCCUUGGUCAACCCUGUUAAGGUGGAGGUUGCCACAAAGUACUCCACCGUCUCGACACUACUCCAAUACUACAUCUUCUUCCCUCUCGCCCAAAAAGAGUGCUACUUAACAUACCUCCUCAACGAGCUCGCCGGCCAAACCUGUAUCGUCUUUACGCUCACUUGCGCAAGCACCCAAAAGCUCGCUCUCAUGCUCCGCAACCUCGGCUUCGAAGCCGUCUGCCUCCACGGUCAAAUGUCCCAACCAAAACGCUUAGGCGCCCUCGGCAAAUUCAAAGCCGGCACCCGCAACAUCCUCAUCGCCACCGACGUCGCCUCCCGCGGUCUCGAUAUCCCCUCCGUCGACAUUGUCAUCAACUACGACGUCCCGCAGAGUUCCAAGGACUACAUCCACCGCGUCGGGCGGACCGCGCGUGCCGGACGCAGCGGGAAGAGUAUCACCCUUGUGACGCAGUACGAUGUCGAGUGGUACCAGCGCAUCGAGCACGCCAUGAACAAGAAGCUGGAUGAGUACCCGUUGGGCAAGGAUAAGGCGGCGGUGUUGAUGCUGCAGGAGCGUGUGGCGGAGGCGACAAGGUUUGCGCAUAUGCAGUUGAAGGAGGAGUUGGCGAAUGCGAAGGCGGGGGGUGUAGGAAAGAGGAAACGGACGGGGGCUGGGGAGGGGCCGGGGGCGGAACAGGAUGAUGAGGAGAGUGUGAAUAAGAGGCUGGUGAGGAAGGGGAAUGGUGGUGGGAGAGGUGGGGGUAGGGGCGGGGGCUCUUCAAGAGGCCGCAAGUGA